UGUUUCUGACGGCAGGUGGUCACCGUGCGUCCAGCUCUUCAACCCAGUUUGUGAAUGGGACUAUGACAUGUUUUAACCUCAGAGCCUUCAGAGUCCGUGUUGAAAUGGACGGAGUAGAAUAAGUUCUUUGAAUCUUCGAAGAAGUGUGGCUUUUUUCUUUUCCAAAAGACGCGGAAAGUGAAGCUUGUGAAUAAGUUUGACGGAGUGCGCCACACUGCAUGCGCAAUGCUUUGCGAGUAGAGAACCGGAUAUUUUGAUAGUUAUUUGAAGUUGAAUGUUAGCAUUGUAAAUAAUGGCGCUCGCAAGGUUUAGCAAAAUACUUCGUCUGCCCACUAUUGAAAUAAAGAAGAAAGCCAAGCAGUACGAGCACGUCCACCGGGACGUGAAUCCUAACGACAUAUGGGAAAUUAUUGGCGAGCUGGGGGAUGGCGCGUUUGGAAAGGUCUACAAGGCCCAGAACAAGGAGACGGGAGCUCUGGCUGCAGCCAAAGUGAUUGAGACAAAAAGUGAGGAGGAGCUGGAGGACUACAUUGUUGAGAUUGAUAUCCUGGCUAAAUGUGACCACCGCUAUAUCGUCAAGCUGCUCGAUGCUUUUUAUCAUGACAACAAGCUAUGGAUCAUGAUUGAGUUCUGCCCUGGAGGUGCUGUGGAUGCCACAAUGCUAGAGUUGGAUCGUGGACUGACAGAGCCGCAGAUUAAGGUGGUUUGUCGGCAGAUGCUUGAGGCUCUGGUCUACCUCCACAGCAUGAAGAUCAUUCACAGAGACCUGAAGGCUGGUAACAUCCUCCUCAUGCUGGAUGGGGACAUCAAACUAGCUGAUUUUGGUGUUUCGGCAAAAAACACCAAGACCCUACAAAGAAGAGAUUCUUUCAUCGGGACGCCAUACUGGAUGGCUCCAGAAGUGGUCAUGUGUGAAACGAUGAAGGAUGCUCCGUAUGACUACAAGGCUGACAUCUGGUCUCUAGGAAUAACUCUGAUUGAGCUUGCCCAGAUUGAACCUCCUCACCAUGAGCUCAACCCCAUGAGGGUGCUGCUGAAGAUCGCCAAGUCAGAACCCCCCACCCUGGAGCAGCCAUACAAAUGGUCACAAGAAUUUAAAGAGUUCCUGAGGAAAGCUUUGGAUAAAAACCCAGAAGCCCGUCCGACUGCAGCACAGCUCAUGGAGCACCCUUUUGUGAAAUCACUGACGACUAACCGUCCACUGCGGGAGCUGGUGGCCGAGGCCAAAGCUGAGGUCAUGGAGGAAAUAGAGGACAAUAGAGAGGAAGGAGAGGAAGACGACGCCAUCGAGCUCACUGUGUCUCCCAGUAAGGAGCCAUGCCAGACCAGUCAGACCAGUUUGGAAGGAGACCAAUCUCUGGACACCCCAAGCCCCACAACACCCUCCCCAACCACACCAAUACCUUUACCCAGGAAGGGAGCCGAGCCAGAGGGGGAGCCAGGACCCGACAUGGUGGUCCCUGUUCCCCUACCACGGCAGAAUCCUCCUCCAAAAGACCAGAUGGAGCUGGGAGACAAGCUACCCAAUGAAGACAUUCUUGAGUCAGAGAAAUCUGAGAGUGACGCCUUAACCAAGACUUCCAGCUCAGACUCGGGCAUUGAGGAUGGGAAAAGUACCCCCACAUCGGAGGAGGAAAAGGUUUCUGUGGAGACCCCAGAGACAGAACAGCCACCAUCUCUCCCCAAACCUGAGACAUCUGAGGAAAGUAUAGACAUCAUCAUUGUAGACGUGCCCAAGAUCCAGAUAACCGAGGAGAAAAGCAGCGUUAUGACUAACAUAGACGUACCGAAUCCAGACGAGAGUUCUACUGACCCUUCAACACCCACCCCUGAGCCAUCUUCUGCUCCAACCCCAGUACCCACACCACGUUCUGGGCUGAAUGAUAGCCAAACCAUGGGCACCCCAGAGCAGGCAUCGACGGGAGGAAAUGCUGAGACUGUCUCGCCUUAUAUCAAUGGAGGGAUAAUCAACAAACGGUACUCUUAUUCAGGCAGCAUGGCAUCAGAGAGCAUGGACAUGUCAAACAACAGGGAAAACAUCUCGAUGUCUGCAAGGGGCUUUUCAAGUAAGACUCUGAAGCGAACUAGGAAGUUUGUUGUUGACGGUGUGCAGGUGAGCGUGACUACCUCCAAGAUCAUCAGGGAUGAUGAGAAGAAGGAUGAGGAAAUGAGAUUCUUGAGACGUCAGGAGCUGCGUGAGCUCCGUUUACUGCAGAAAGAAGAGCAUCGUGCUCAGGCUGUUCUAAACACCAAACUCGAGUCCCAGAGAGAACAAAUGCAGAGGCGUUUUGACCAGGAGAUGCACGCCAAGAAGAAGCACUACGAUGUAGAGCUAGAGAACCUUGAGAAGCACCAGAAGCAGACUAUUGAGAAGAUGGAGGCAGACCACAAUGUUAAACUCAGAGAUGAGACUAAACGCAUCAAAGCACAGCAGGAACGCGACCACCACAAGUUCCAGGAUCAGUUAAAACACAAGAAAAAGGAGGUGAAACAAUCUGUUGAUAAGCUGCCCAGAAGUCAGCGGAAAGAAUCCUUGAAGCAGGGGAUGAAUAAUUUCCAAGACAUGAAGAUUAGAGAGGAAGAGAAAUUCUUGGCAGCUCAGAGGAACCACCUUGACACCACGCUGAAGAGAAUCACCUCCAACAACAAGAGAGAGAUUGCAGAGACGGAGAGGAAUUGUCUUGACAAGAAGCACCACCUAAUACGAGAGCGUGAAGCUACAGUUUGGGACAUGGAGGAGAAGAACCUUUAUGAGAGACACCAGUUAUUGAAGCAGCAGCUGAAAGACCAGUACUUUCUCCAGAGGCAUCAGCUUCUCAAGAAACAUGAGAAGGAGCAAGAACAGAUGCAGUGUUACAACCAACGGAUGAUUGAGAUUCUGAAAGCCCGGCAGCAGCAGGAGAAGAACCGGCUACCCAAGAUUCAGCGUGGUGAGGCCAAAACCCGCAUGGCCAUGUUUAAGAAAAGCCUUCGCAUCAACUCGACAGGCAGUGCUUCAGAGGACAGAGAGAAGAUAAAACAGUUUUCUCAGCAGGAGGAUAAGAGGCAGAAGGCAGAGAGGCUGCAUCAGCAGCAGAAACACGAGAACCAGAUGAGGGAGAUGAUUGGUCAGUGUGAAAGCAAUAUCAGAGAUCUGCAGCAGCUACAGAAUGAAAAAUGCCACCUGUUAGUUGAGAAUGAGACCCAGAGGCUCAAGCAGUUGGAUGAACAACACAACCAGCUGAUGAAGGACUGGAGGGAUCAGUUGAAACCCAGAAAGAAGGCCCUUGAAGAGGAGCUAAACAUGAAGAAAAAGGAGCAGGAGGCUUUCUUCAAGAUGAGUGAGAUUUCUGAUUGCCCUAACCCCAGUUCUCCCACCAAACUCUCCAAGUUCGUGCCUUACCCAGAGUCCUCCACCACAUAAUACAACUACCACUGUGAUGCUGUACAAUUUCUCCAGGCUACUGUUAGCACCCGACUCAUAACCAUACACACACUCACACACACAUAGGCAUUGCAAUUGCCUGCUGCCUCUGUUUUUAGUUGCUUUGCCAGUAAUGGCAGCAUGAUUUCCCUUCCAUUAGAUUCAUUUAAUGUUUUAGUGAAUAUUUAUGUUUUAACUUCUAAGGUUUUUUCUUUGAAAAAAAAAAUGUUUUAGUAUUUGACACAUCAUGUGCUUUACAUUACUCUAGUGCAUAGUAUCUGCUAUUUUUUAGUUUCCCUUUUCUGUUCAAGUCUGCAUCAUAUUGCUCAUACACCAAACUAAUUUGUUGUCCAAAGCACCCAGCGAGGGAAUUUCCCUCUGAAUGAGGAGGAAGAACGAUCGUUUCUAUGAACGCUGUUGAGCCAGUGACCAAGCACUUUUUGUUUACCCUCAAAUUUUCAGUGCUGUCUUACAAAUAUGACCAAAAAUACACCCAAAAUGUUAUUUUUUCCCAUUUUUGUAUGUCUUAGCUCAUUUUUUUGUUCAUGAGUCAAUAUAUGUCACAGUGUCACAGAGUUGCCAAAGUCAGCCAUUAUUUAUUUCUGCUGGGUAAGAAUAACCUAAAGUGAAAAUCCAGAUUCAUCACUGUAAAUGUUAACUUUUUAUUUUUAUUUUAAUCAAAAUCAAUGGCAUGAAGGAUGUGUCUAUUGUUUUGUGUAUUUGAUAUGAUGGGGGAUGGCUAAAUCCAAAGUUACUAGAAUUUAAUAAUUUCUUUUAAAUGAUUACUUAGAAAUUGGAUUUUAACAGACAAGGGAAGAGAGUAAUUGUUAUUCACAUAUUAUUUUUUUUAUGUUGUAUUUUUACUGUAAAAUCAGUCACACUGGAUGGGAACUGACAAAGCCAAAGCAAAAUACUGUUGUGUUCUUUUGAAGGAUGUUAGACAGGGGAUUUAAAUCUGAAUUCAAAAAAUGUAUUAAGUGUAUAAUUGUUCUAAUAUGUGCAGUGAAUGAGCUGCCUGCUAACCAAAGUGCAAUAUUACAUGUAUGUCUUUGCAAAGCUUAAAGAGGUUAAAUUUUCUUUUCUCUAACUUUGCCUUCUUUUGCACUGAGAGGGAGAAUAAUAUGAAGAGUUUAUUUCCAGAGUGCCUGAAAGUUAGUUUCAUACUUUGGCUAAGCAAAGAACUUAUAAGGACUAUAUGUUUGUCAGUAAUAAUUUAGGCGUUUCAUUAAGAAUUGAUUUAUAAUUAUAUGAUUUUGGAUUAUCAUAAUGAUAACUCAUUUUUGUGCAACAAUUCAGUCUGCUGUAGGAUGCUUAAUGAUGUUUAAUCUUCCUCUGAAACCUAAAGUUUGCAGCUGUGGAACUUAUUGCCUUGUUGAGAGAAAGUAUUUUGUUUUUGUUUGUUUUUUCUUUAUUAUUUUAAACAAGUUUGGCCUGCUAAUGUAUAUUGAAUCAGGUCAGCAAUCAGGUACAGCUUAAUGCCUCUCUCUCCUUCUCACAUUCUAUCUCAGAAGUAUUUAAAUUUAUUGUAAAAACUAUUUACUGUCACGUUUAAUGGCUUCCUCUACGUCUUCCUCUCUGCCUCAGUUUACAUGACAAUAUUUGUAUGGAGGGCUUGUGAGUGUGAAUGAAACUAUCAGAAGGAACCACUGUUGUACAUAACUAAUAAAAGCAGAUUUC